AUGGAUCCGAUUGUGGAAGUGGUAGCUCUUGUUUUGGGCUUUAUCGGGUGGGUCAUGGUGGGGGUGGCUCUGCCCAAUCGCCACUGGAGGACCUCAACCGUGGACGGGAAUGUCAUCACCACGUCCACCAUCUAUGAGAACCUCUGGAUGUCCUGUGCCACGGACUCCACCGGGGUCCACAACUGCCGGGAGUUUCCUUCUCUGCUGAGUUUGAGUGGUUACAUCCAGGCGUCUCGUGCCUUGAUGAUCACAGCCAUAGUGCUGGGCUCCUUUGGACUGAUGCUGGCUCUCAUUGGGAUUCAGUGCUCCAAGGCCGGAGGGGAAAACUACAUGCUCAAAGGAAGGAUAGCCGGGACAGCUGGGGUUCUGUUCAUCCUCCAAGGUACUUGCACAAUGAUCGCUGUGUCGUGGUAUGCCUUCAAUAUCACCCAAGAAUUCUUUAACCCUCUUUAUGUUGGGACAAAAUAUGAAAUCGGAGAGGGCCUGUAUAUUGGCUGGUGCUCUGGGGUGAUGGCCAUCGCGGGUGGGGCUUGUCUCACCUGCUCCUGCAAAAUGGCAACAGAAGAGAAACACUCGUUGCCGUAUCACAGCAGGGGGACCGUCUACUCUGCUGCAGCCCGAAGUGCAGCCACCCGCAAUACUGCUGCCAGCACUUAUGGACGCAAUGCUUAUGUCUAA